GAGCGCGCAAAGGGUGGAGAUAACGAGGAGGAGACAUGCCAGGCGCCAUUUUAAAGGCUCUCUCUUAAAUUACGGCUGCUUUGGCGGGUUUUUUUUAACUGCUUCUUUUUCAGUUGCUUUUUUUUCUGAGUAGCUCACCUCCUGAAAAGACAAUUGAGAGGGAAGGCCGGAGUUGCGAGGAGUUCCAGUAAUAAUGAACAUCGAAAAGUUGUUGGAAGCGCUGAAAGAUUUUGAGAAUGGAAACAAAAAGGAAGUAUCUCCAGUGUUGGAUCAAUUUCUAUGCCAUGUAGCCAAGACAGGGCAAACUAUGAUUCAGUGGGCGCAAUUUAAAGGGUAUUUUAUUUUCAAACUGGAGAGAGUGAUGGAUGAUUUCAGAAUUGCAACUCCUGAACCAAGAGGAACCACUCAUGCUAAUAUGGAAUAUAUUCCAUUUGAUGAAAUGAAGGAACGGAUUCUGAAAAUUGUCACAGGAUUUAAUGGCAUCCCAUUUACUAUUCAACGACUUUGUGAAUUGAUAACAGAACCAAAGAAGAACUAUACAGGAACAGACAAAUUUCUUAGAGGAGUAGAAAAGAAUGUGAUGGUUGUCAGCUGUGUAUAUCCAUCUACAGAACGUCAGCUCUUUUAUUUAUGCAGUGAAUCCCCAAUAUCUGAUUCAGAAGGUAUCCAAGAGAAACCAUUAAAAAAUAAACCAGGCUUAGUUCCUGUAAAAGUUGAAGGGCGUGAAGCGAAAAGAGUCAAAUUUGACAAAGAAGGUGAAAUAGAAGUAACCAACCAAACACCCUGCAGAAAGAUGUCUUCAAAUACUGUAGAAGAUGCAGAAGUUUCUACAGCUGAGAAAAAAGACAAAAAAAGUUAUGGAAGAGAGCAUUUUUCAGAAGAAAAGGAAAAAAAAGAAUGCAUUAUACCAAGAGAAAUGAUUCAUGACAAUAAAAACAAGGGAAAAAACCCUGAUGAUGUUCUGUUUGUGAAUGAAAAUACUUCCCAUAGGAGUACUCAAAUGGAAGAAUCUAAUGUCCUGCAAGCAGAGGGUGAUUUUACACCCUGAAGAUACUGAAAAAUUGGGCCCAAUAAGUAGUGACACUGACUGAACUGGGAAAAAAAAUGGAUCCUCUUCAAGUAAAACUCAAAUUGCAGUAGAGUCCAGAAAAGAAAAACAUAAUGAAAUGAGUUGAAGAGCUUGUGGAGGAAGUUGAAUAAUUCUAAAGUCAACUGAAGGAAUUUUUUAAUAUGUGAAAAAAGUAUGAUAAAAUGGACUUUUUUAAAGAAACAUUGUAGAACAAAAAUUUCCAAGAAAUAUAUGUAAGAACCUAUCAGCUCCUUCAAAUCCUGUUUAUUAUUUGACAAGAGAGUUUUUGUUGUGCUCUGUUUAUUUUAGCUCGAGAUUAUUUCGUAGUUAAGGAAUUCAUUUCAGGGUUUAAUAAGAGUGCUGGUUUCAUUUUUAUUACCAGAUUGUAUUACUUUAUUACAUAUUGAAACCAGCACUGAAUUCAUAUUUUGGUCACCUGCAUAUAUCUUCACCUGUAAAAAAAUGUUCAUUAACUUAUUAGCUAAGUUUGCAACUACAUAUCAGGCCAGGUAACCAGCAGUUUUGAACCCCAUGGCAAUUAUAAAGGAAGAUAUCUGCCUGUUUUUUCGUCUUCCCAUUGCGGGAGAAUGGUCCAAUUUUGGGCUGAAGUAUGACAGGGAGAACUAUUUCUUCAAUUGGUGAAUAAACCUAAUGAAAUUUAGCACUGUGAAAUGGGAAAAUUGUAACAUUGGAAAUUCUAGAUUAAGCACAUUCAACACCAAUAUUUGCAAGUAUUAGGUAUUUCUAAGGUGUACCCAUUUAAGCAGCUCUAAAACUUAAGUUGAAAUAGAUGAAAUCAUAUUUUGUGGAAUUAGCAUUUCCAUAGCCAAAAAUUGAUUCUGGCUUUUUUAAGCAUUGGGUAUACUUUCAAAUUUCUAAAUUAAAAAAUUUGCAGAUGAAAUUUGUGGUCUUCAGUAUUUUGGGGAAAAAGAAUGUCUUAGGAGGGCUAUAAAUGUUAGCAAAUGGUUAAAAACAGUAGAGUGUAUGAGACACCAUAGCUUUUAUGGCAUUUAAAUAGGUUAAGUAUUUUUGAAGGGAUUAAUUACUCUGACAAAGUUUAGUAUUUCACAUCAGUAUCAGUAUUUUCAGAUUUAUAUAUUUAAAGUGCAAUUUAUCUGAAGUGAUUGGUGGACCGAUAUAUGCCAAGUUCCUCAACUGUACUAUUAGAUAAAUUUUGUGAACUAUAAUGUGCUCAAAUGCUUAUGUCUACUGUAGUAUUUUAAGUGUGAACUGAAUUCUUGAGUGUGUACAACAAUAUUCAUCUAAAGUAAUAAAUGCUAAUAUUCCAGCAAA